AUAUCUUGUGACCAGCUGCCACCAGCUGCACUUUCUGCACCACUCUCCUCUGGAUCUCUGGCUGGUCUGAGCUGCUCAGACUCUCUCUCUCUCACACACACACACACUCACACACUCUUCUCUCCGUGAGCCUCCUGCUCCUGUGACUGUAGCCCCGGUCGGUCACCUGCACUCCCGUCACAGUAUGCAGCUCCUGGUGGUGUUAGCAGCUCUCAUGGGGGUUCUGUUCAGCGUCAGAGCAGCCGCCGUGCCUCCUGUGGAGGAUCGGAGCCCCAUCCAUGUGAACAGGGAACUGAGCAAAGAGCGCAAAGAGCUGAUCCUGAAGCUGGUGUCUGGCUUGUUGGACGGAGCUCUGGACACCAACAUGCUGCCGAGGGAAGCGGCACCUGUGGAUCUUGAGGAGCCGCUGGAGUCUCGUCUGGAAGAGAGGGCUGUCUACAACAGGCUAUCGCUGCCUCAGCGAGACCGCAAAGCCCCCUGUAAAAACUUCUUCUGGAAAACUUUCACCUCCUGCUAACAGUGCCCAAAACCUCCCGACUCUGCGUGCCUACUGUACUCCUUCCCUCCCAGCUCCACAUGAACUGCAGUAGACCUCAGCUGUACAUAUCAUCUACACCUGUCAGACAUGCAGCAUCGAUGGACUUCACUGAGACAGUGUGUCUGUUUGAAUUUUAAUGAUUUAUGUAUCUAUUUAUGUAUACACUGUAUGUAUUUAUGUAUGUAACACUUUCUUUCA